AUGUCAUCUUUAUUACCGCAGUUCACCACCGAUGAGAUAUCACCAUCACCACGACCAGCACCGUUGCUAUCACCCAAUGAGUCCGCAUCAACUCCAUCGUCAGCCUCCUCUACCCGUCUUCGAUCGAUUGAUCUUGAACUCCUAGCCUUCCUCAGCACCAGUCUCUGUAUAGCUUUUUCACCAACCGCCACGGUAGUCUUGUUCUACUGGCUGGCACAAGGAGAGAUCCCAUAUUGGACGUGUUUCAUCAUCUACCUUUGGAUUUCAGGUAUUCUCUUCGUGUUCGGAUCGACUGCGGAAGCGCUCGCGUACGUCACUUACCUCAUCCUGAGUUUCUUCAUGUCUACGUUCACUAUGGGCGGUCAAAUCUUGUUCGCGCUACUCAUGUCGUGGCCUUUGCUGGGCAUCAUGAAUUACAUCAAAGUCAUUGGCGGGUUGACCUUCGGGUUUUUCGUCUUGGCCUACUUGAUGGAUUUAGUGAUGGCCCUCAAGCAUGCACUCAGUAUCGAACAAGUAUCUGGACAGACUGAAGAAGUUGAAGACGGAUAUUUCAUGAACGAGUACUACACCUUCACCGUAAUCAAUGCCAUCAGGGUCUUUCGGGUCCUGAGGGCAGGAUCUUGCAGUGAUUCUGUAUAA